CUGACCGCAUUUAAUUGUUCUGGUCAAGUGCAAAUAAAAAUUCGUAUCUUACUUUCUAUUCGUUAUCUCACAAGUAAGGAAUAACAGACCAAGGUAAUAACCUUGACACUUUUUUGAACUUUUGAGUUCUUUAUUUGCCAUAAAUGUCAUCCAGACAUCCUCUUUUAUUCCUCACAGAAGCAUUGUUAAAAUGAAUCAAAUACAAAAAUUCCGUUGACACAUCACACCAGGGUCCAAAAACGCAGCAAAUGACCUCGGUCAAUAUUUCACCGAUGUAUAACAAUAAUUCUACAAAUUGAACCUUGGAUAAAUAUUAUUAUACAAUAGAUAAAGAUAGCAAGGGUUAAGACUGGUCAGUUGAAAAAUUGCUAUGCUUAAUUGUCCACUUCAAUUAUUUUAGGAAGUAGCAGACGAACAAUCUACAAGAUCAGACACGAUGAAUCUGCUUCUGAUUUUACUGCCGAUUUUUCUAAACUGGGUUCACUGUGACAAAGUUGCUGAUAUUUUGUUCUCAACAAAUCUGGAAGAGUUGCACAAUGAACCUAUACAUUUUGACAAACCGUUGCCGGCAUGGCUUAAAGGGACCAUGAUGCGGAAUGGUGUUGGUCGCUUUGAAAUAGGCGGAAGAAAAUAUACAAAUGCGUUAGAUGGGUUUGCGAAACUUGCAAGUUGGAGGUUUACAGGAAAUGGUUCUGCCUACUACAGUACAAGGAUGGUUUAUUCCGACUCUUAUAACGAAUCUUUGGCUACGAAUGACAUUGCACCGUAUCUAAUGCUAGAUGAAGUUGAUCCACCGUUUGAUAUUGUCAAGGAACUAGAAUCGUUCAAGAAUGGCCCAGAUAACAUGGACGUAAAUAUUUUUAACUUUGGUGGUAAGAACAUUGAUUUCGUCAUAGUGAGUGAUUACUGGAAUCUGUAUACGAUUGAUCCAUAUUCUCUUGUAACAUUGAAAGGGGUUCAUCCACCAGUUCCAAAUACGGCUGCUGGUCUUGAUCAAGCCAUUGUUCUAGGCUCAGCGCACCCACUUCCAGAAUACGGCACAGAUAACUACCUAACGUUUGUCUCCGCUGCAACUCCAAUUCCAGGCCAGAAAAGCAAGCUUAUUUUGACACGGACAAAGUCAUCAAGUGUAAGAGAGCCGAUAGCUUCAAUAGAGGUUGACAAAGCAUCGUAUAUGCAUUCAUUUGCAGUCACCGAGCAUUAUGCCGUCUUAUUUGCUGUUCCAUUCUACGUAAAUCCGCUAGGAAUGCUGAAAAACUUUAGACCUCUAGAUGCAUUUGAAUGGGUCAGCACGGACGUUACAAAAUUAUAUGUUGUAAACUUGAAAACUGGUGAGGUGAAAACUCUAAAAACAGAAAACAUGUUCUUCCUUCAUAUUGCCAAUGCUUAUGAGUCAGAUCUUUUCAAUGAUGAGCUAAUAAUUGAUGUUUGUUCAUUUAAAGACACUGGGGGACUUCAUGAAAUGGGAAUGAACAGACUUCAUGACCCUGUUCAAAGAGCAAAUUCUUCAAUUCCAAUUCUUAAAAGGUAUACACUAAAUCUUUCAAGCGGCGAAGUAAACGUACAUACAUUCGAAUCUAAAAAUUCGUCAAUGGCUUUCGUCAAUGCAUUCGACUUCCCAACCAUAAAUGAGAAGUAUAGAUCUAAGAAGUACUGCUAUACGUAUGGUAUUGCAUAUAAUUACAAUCACAAAGACUUCCUUGACAUGGCUUUGAUAAAAAAGGACUUUUGCUCAGGGAAAGAUAAAACAUAUAUACAUGCGGGGCAUUACUUAGCUGAACCUUAUUUCAUUCCUACUCCUGGCGGAAGUCAAGAAGAUGAUGGGAUUUUAGUUCUGCCGGUUCUAGAUAUAACUACGUCAAGCACUAACUUUACAAUUUUCAAUGCGUCAGACCUGACACCAAUGAACUCUGCAAAAUUGCCACAUAACCUGCCUUUUGGCACACACGGACGCUUUUUCGACUACAUUUACUGAACCUGUGUCUGUAUUGUGAUUAUUGAUU